CCAGUCCUCCGUCUCGCGCCCUUCGACGCUGCCUCCUCUUCUGCUCGUUUCUAUUCGAAUCCCUUACAAAACAAUUUUUCUUCCUUGUGUGCUGGGACUUAGGCCGUCAUGGAUUCAGCGGCCUGUAAUGUGAGCGGCAUAAAAGGCCGCCUUCGGUCCAAGUCUUUGCCUGCCUAUAUGGUUGCGGCUUCCGGCGAGGAGUCUUGGAUAUCCUAUGGGGAGGAAGAAGCCGACUUCGCCCUACCGGAGAAUGCCAUGGACCCCGAGUACAAGACCUUCUUAAACAGUCUAACGGUUCAUGGUAAGUCCUAUUUGCUGAAAACAUGGAUGGGAAAUCCACAGCGGCGCAUUAGGUUGAAGUAUGAAGAAGAAUGCAACGAGGAGGGUACAGGGUAUAGCGCUGCGGUCGAUUCUCGAACACGCAGUGGUUCAAAUGAGAUUGCCGAUGCUGAGAAAUGUUUUGAGAGCACGAAAAGGUUAGAACCGGACAGGACAGCAAACAAAAACAGGGUUUUGGAGAAAAAGCGCGAGACGAUUGAUGAAAAUAAACAGGGUUUUGUUGAUAAUGUCAGAAUCUGUGGUGGGUCUAUAGUCCUUGUACGGGACAACAAGGAAAUUGUCAUGCACGAAGAGGAGGGAGAGGAGGAGCAAGAGGAAAGAGUAAAAGCUAAACAAGAGAUUCUGGAUGAACACGAAGAUUCGCUAAGGAAGAGUACUGCUUUAUCGAUGCCUAGUUUAACUCAGGAUUCUUCAAUUUCAGUUAUCGCAGCUUACCAAUCUUACUUAGAAACUAUACGGAAAAUGGCACCCACUUAUUUCAGAAACAAGUUAAUUGAGGCCAUUUCUAGUCCUUUCAACCAGAGUGAGUAUGAGAAUCUGAUUGUGCAAGCUAGAAUGCGUAAUCCACAAGUGAAGCUCAAACACCUCCGCAGUGACUCCAUACCUUAUAAAACAAAUAUACCGGGCUCUUCAUAUUUUGAUUAUUUUCCAGAUCUUGCAAAAGCGGUAGAACAGGCUGAUUGCUACAAGGGUUUAGCUCUUAUGCGUGGCUUCUUCUUUUGGCUGAAGACAGUACAAGCUUUGAUAUGCGGGUUGAAUUGGGUUCGUGCCCACUAGGGAUUGAAGGGCAGGACAAAGG